UCUUGUGCCCAGGUUCCUUCCCAGUAGUUAAUGGAGGCUAGACAGGCCUUGGUCAUCUACUUUAAAGCGACAGAAAAUCGUUCAACCAGAACUGCAAUCAAUAGCACGGCCACAUUCUCUCUGCCUAUCCAUUUAGGCUAGUUGCUGACAAUUGUCUUUCAUCGCCUUCUCAAUGGCAUCAACACCUAGUGAUGGUGAAGUAGCUGUUUUCACAGACACAAGCAUGGACACUCACAUUGCCAUGGGCAUCUCUCCUGAUAUCACUGUUGCUGAUUUCAAGAGGAAUAUAAUUUGAGGGAUCUAUAGCUCUGAUGAGUGGUCCCAAAUGGUGAUGUCUGUGUUGGUAAGUAACUUCAUGCAUUUACUCUAUGGUGCUAUAAAGAUCAUUUCUUUUGUUAGAUUUUGAUUAUUUUAUGAGGUCAGCCUAAUUGUUGACGACACAAUCAUGUCGGCAAUUCAAAGGAGAUUAAUUUGUUAGAUAUGUAGUGGUGGAUUACAAGGCAAGAGGUAACCAGUAGGAGGAUGAAGUGGAGACACCAUACUUUAAUCAUGAAAGUUUGUACAUAAAUUGGAUGGCUUCAGAGCUCAAUCAUUUUGUACCAUGAAUAGAGGUUUAAUGCUUGCAUUUAUGUCAUUGAUUUAUCCUACCUGAUGUUCUGAUUAGUAUUCAGCAUUUGUAUACUUCAAUUGAGUGUUUUACAAGCAAACGUAGGAAGUUUGAAAAUAAUUUUAAUCAGAAAAUCCUGUAAGUAAUACCUGACCCCAAAAAAACUGGAUGAGAUAGCCUGAAGUCAUUCAGUAAAAUGUUGGAUAAGUUAGCCUUUUGUCCCUCCUCUUUCAUUUUUGUUUUGUAGAAGAUGUCUCAUUGAUACUCUUUAUUAGUUCUCAUUAGAGAAGGGACACAAUGGACUCUCAAAGUUUGCAUAACCUUGAACAGCUCCCCUGUAAGGUAACAAAGUUUUAAUCCCAGAAUAGACCAACUGAUUCAAUGAAGUUUGCAAAGUGGAGAACCUGCUAAUCUAUUGUAUUGAGUUUAUUUAUCAUAUAACUAGACUAUAUAAGUGCUCCAUUUGGUUGUGUUUUCUGCUUUAGGGUUUCAUAUUUGUCCAAGUUUUCCUCCGGCAUUCUUGCAUGCUUAGUUCCUUGCAUUGCAUUCAAUUUUUAAAAAGCUGCCUGUGACCUUUCUUUAUGUUUACCCUUUCUCUACUUCAUAGAAAAGUAAUGCAUGCCAAUAUUCAUGCUGUAGGAGAGCUGGAGAAAAUGCACUUCAAUUGUUUUCCGAAAUUGGGAGAGAUCAAAGUUUAUGAAUUAAAGCAGGUAAGGAGAAAUAAUUGCUUCUACCACCUGCUGGAGUCACUGCCUAUAAAGUAUGCUUUUCAGGGGCUCAAAGGAAAUUGGUUUCUUCGUGUGGAAAUAAGGUCUUCAAAUAGCUUUUGUAAUCAACACUUACCCCAGUGUCUAGCUGCAAAGGAUGACCAUAUUUCUGACGGUAGCAAUGCCAUUGGCUCUCUCGUUACAAACACUAGAAAAAAUGACAUGAUACCAAAUGGUAAUAACAAGAGGAUAAAAGGUUUACUUGGAAUCAAAUUACCUGCAGAACUUCCAAAAACUGCCCCUUGUUUUGAUAAAAGAAGUAAGGAAAAGAAGAGACUGGCUGAAAUCGACAGGGAAUUUGAUAGAAGUAAAAAAUCCCCAAAACUUGCUGCCAGAGAGUGCUUUGGUUUACUGACACCUGGAAAUGAAGUUAAGCCUACAACAGAAGAACUUCCAAAAAAUGCUCCUUAUUUCAAGAAAAUGAGCAAGGAAAAGAAGAGACUGGCUGACAUCAACAAAGAACUUGGCAGAAGUAAAGAAGCUCUAAAUGUUGCUGACAAAGUGUCUUCUGGUUUGUUGACACCUAGAAAUGAAGUUGAGCAUGCAACAAUAACCGAAGCGCUUCCAAAAAUUGUCUCUUGUUUCAAGAAAAAGAACAAGGACAAGAAGAGAAUGGCUGACCACAAUAAAGAAUUUGAUAGAAGAAACAAAGCUCCAAAUCUUGCUGCCAAAGUGUGCUCUGGUUUACUGACACCUAUAAAUCAAGUUAAGCCUGCAACCUUUUCCUGCCCAAUGGUGGAGACUCCCACAGAGAGACCACAAGAAGUAAUAUUUGCUAAAAUAAAUGAUUUCUCAAAUAUGCAAGUUUACACCUUACCACAGGUUGACAUCAGAACGCCCCCAAGAACACUGGCUUCUCCAUUGCCAACAGAUCUUCGACCUGGAAGUUCAGGGAAUAAGCUAAAAACAACUUCUGCAGUUGGGAAACUCAUGAUGACAGCUGCAAAUAAGCUCAAAAUUUCCGCCAAUAAACAAAGACCAGAGCUUUCUUUCUAUAGAUUCAGAGCUCCCUCCAGGGCUUCAUCUGUGGUUAGGAGAUCAAUCUUUGAUAUCAGUGACAGUGAUGAUUGAAGAAAUUGCAGGCUUCUUUCUGAACUGUAAAUUGGUUCAACCUGAACUCAUUCUGAGAUGCAUGGUGAAUACCCUUGGAAAUGAUCAGAAUCAUCAGAAUUUAAUGCGCUUUUCUGGCUUUUUGGGAUUACAGCUAAUCAUCUGUUUUUUGCAGGACUUAUAGACAGACUUGGGAAGCAAGUGUUAUAGUUAAUGUGCUGCUACUCAUGCUGAACUGCCAUCGCUAUUUUUGCAUGAAUGGAGGUUAUUUGUAAAGGUCCAGUCCAAGAGUUUUUCAGCUUCCUAUUUUGCAGACUAGAAGGGGUCAUUGAAUCGACCAAUUUUGCUGAUAAGAGCAUGCCUGUAACUGCAGUCUUACAAGCUGAGAAGAGGCUGCUAAGUAGAAUUCAGUGCUGGUCAGGUUCCUGCACAAAUUUUGUAUGUGUGUUGAGGCCAUAUGCCAUUUGAAAAUAACAUCACCAUAUAUGUGAAAGUUGAUGAGCAUGUUUAUUCUCUUGUUUCGAGUAUCCAAGUGGCUGCCUAAUGAUUCAUUUCCA